UUCUCAGUGAGACUGAAUAUUCCCGACACGAGGGGCAUUGAACGUGUUUUCACGAUUGAGGGUGCGUUGGGUGAUAUUUGCAAUGUGUGGAGGGAUAUAAUGCCAAAACUGAAGGAUGUGAUGAGUGCCAAACUUUCCGACCCCAAGGUAAUAAUGGGUCAACAGCGUUUCUCUCGCCGAAGACAGCAACGAAAUCAAGGUGAGGGUGAUCAGCCAGAGAAUGAGGAUGCGGAGGAGGAAGAGAAGAUGGUGGAUUUGAGGCUACUGGUGCACCAAAGUAUCGCCGGAUGCAUUAUUGGCAAGGGUGGUGAGAGGAUACGUGAAUUGCGCCAGAAAUAUCAGAUGAGGGUGAUUAAGGUGUACCAGAUGCUGGCGCCUUGCUCUACUGACCGAGUGGUCCAGCUGAUUGCGGAACCGGAAAACGCCGUGCAAUGCAUGGAAGCGAUUGUGGAAGUUGCCGAG